UAUAUUAAAUACACGUAAAAACGUUACUUGGCCUAGGCAGUUGUCGGCUCUGGCCUACAAUGCCGAAAUACAUAAGGUCAAAACAAUAACUUAACAUUCAUAAGAGGCUACAGCUUCAUCGCAGUUUUUAUUAUUUUUGAUGCCAUUCAUUUUGACUUAUGUAAAUUUGCUCUAUCUAAUGGAAAUAGCCCACCCUCAAUAAUUUCACUUUUUUCAUGUCUCCAUUUUGAUAAAGGCAACUGUUAAUAACUGUGAUUGGCUGGUGAAUAUCCAGAAUAUAAUUUGAAAUAAUACUGCCAUUUCUCAAUAGCAAGCUGCCAUUAGAACUAUGUAUGGUAAAAAAGUGAAGCGUGAAUAAAAGACUGGCCUAAAAAUAAUAUCUUAUGAAUCUUCAAGAACAAACUGGACUUUAAUUAGGCACACAUACACGCGUAUACAGACAUGCAUGUGAAAUAAUAACAAUGAGGAAACUCAUGAUAUGGCUAAGCAUGGAAAUUAUUAGAUUAUUCUCUUCACGUCCACCCUACCCAAACAAGCAUGGUUCCAUUUGGACGCCAGAAGCUUCUUCCUUGGAUGGUUGUACAGAAAUGCUAUUUCUUCUCAACCUCUGCAGGAAGUCAUAUUUUAGUCAGCUGACCUGUCAUCCUGUAUAGUAUUCUGUUGGAAUAGGAUCUAGGCCUUAGUGGUAGGGUAUGGAGGCAGCGUGUUGAACUGCGCAGGGUGUAGGCUUUUUGCACUUUAAACAAUAAGCAAACUCUGUAGAGUCCAUUGUAAUAAAACUGUAUCAAGCCUACAAAUACUACAUAACUUUUAGCUUUUAACAAGAACUGUAGUUUGCCUAGAAGCAGAGGAAGAACGUGUUGACAUUUAAUUUCUGCGUGAAUUCUUCUGACACCUUAUUGUUAUCAAGACGAAAUCUGAGGAACCAAGUGAAAUACCUUGUAGACCGAAGAUUUAUUUGGUUCACUGGAGAUUGAGACGUCGUAAACUUCUGAACUUAUUGGCCAUUUUGAACGCUGACAGCUGUCUAAUACAGCUGAUACGUUCAGUAUUAUCCAUGUGCGCUGGAGAGGAGGACCCUGUUUAAUGUAUCACCACAGCAGGCACAUUGAUUAUGUGAAAAUCAGUGUCCAAACCUUACAAAAAAAAAAAGAAAAAAGAAGAAUAGUUUUUGUUGUGUGGGUAGCGGUUCCUCGCUAACUUGGAUAGGGGAUUCAGAGGGCUUGGUGGCAGUAAGGCAAUGUUCAUACUUAGCGGACCCAUAAACUCCCUUUAAUUACUAGCACUUUUUGCAAUCAUGAUGCCUCUGGAUGUAAUAUUUUUUUGAUGUAUACUAAUAUAUCCACAUGUUUCUUCCUUUAUUUAUCUCUUAGUCUAAGUAAUAAAAUCUAUUAAAAACUCUCAAAUGUCAAUUUCACACCUUUUUUGACUAUUUUGUUUUGCAUAAACUAUCCCAGAUAUGCAACCUGCUUGACUCUACGGUUCGGGGAAUUGGAUCAUUAAAUUAUGAAACCGGCAGUGAUGCUAUUUGACGCUCUUGCUGUCCUCGGAGAAGCGAUGCACUUUAAAUGAAAAACAUAUAUUCUAAGUAUUUGAAGAUGUGUUCUAUUUCCAAACAGAAUAGUUUUGGUUAGGAUAAUUGCAAUGAGCGUUAGGAGGCUCUUUACUUUGGAUAUUUACUGGCCUACAGUUUGCGGUGCAAACACAUUCUUGUGGGGUUUACAGAAAAAAUGCCUCCCAUUACACUUUUGGCACGGUUUGCUGUCGUAAUAGAGCAGGGUGUAUCAAAUUAUCACCAGCACUGCGCAGUAGGCCAUUAUGUAUUUGUAAACACACGAACUAUGCCAGUGUAAUCUCAUGUUGGUAUGGUGCUUAUAAAUGAGCUGCUCUUGUCGCUAAUGCUCACCAAUGCUCGAAGUUUAACAGCUUAAAACGCCGAACUGAAAGUGAUACAUUGACCCGUUGCAUCUGCAGAUCUCUUGCUUCCAAAUAAAGAACGGUCUGAAUCUUAAAUUGAAGUUGCUCCGUGAGGCAAAAUGGUUUCUCGCCGCAACGCGGUAGGAGCAGCGAAGUCUGUAUGGAGGCCACAAUAUCGCUCUCCAAUGCCAAGUCAUUCAAAAUGGGCGAUGAAAAGGACUGAUAUAUACUUCACCGGUUCCAAGCUGUGGCCCUAGAGAAGUUCUCACAUGUCGCUGUUUGACCUACUAACGCCUCACAAUGUUAUUAUCUUAAAGGUAUCUAUCUUGUUGAAAUUCUUCCGCGUUUAUGCUACUUAUUACGUGCUGCUUAGAAGAGAGUGCGUUUCGGUUGGUGGGAGGAAUGCUGAAGUAGAGUCGUUUACGGUCUCCGCCACAGGCAGUAUAUCAGGUCUAUAAAAAUCAAAGCUGCCUGAUGUAGUAUUUUAUUAUAGUAUUAAACGACCAAAAAAGUUCAAGUAGUUUCUUCCAUAAAUACACAGGAUUGUCGCGCGGUGGUGUUUAAUACCCUCGUUAAGAAAAAUUACUGUUAAUUUUCCAAUAAAGCACUAUUUUACCCUGACGCCCCUCCGCUGAAAUGGGCCACGACAUUAGUAAGAGCAAGUAAACAGUUGUCCAAGGAUAAAACGCAUCAAAGAAGUGUUAUGUCAUAACAUGGCGUCGUUAGAAAUGAACUUGGAUAGGCAUUCCUGAUCUAUAUGUUAGAUUUGGAAAGCUGCUGAUAAUUUGAUGAGCUGGAUGUAAUGAACCAAUGUGACUGAGCAUUUUCUUUUAACUGCUGUUUCUCACAUUUACACAGAUAUGCUAAUCAGAUGAGCCAAAAUACAAUCAUUUUCCCUUUUAUUUCUUCCUCGUUGUUUCUACAUAUGCAUGUCUACAUAAUGUCAGCGCAAUGCAAAAUUUAAGUGGAAAUUUAAUCGCCCGUCGGUAGAUAUAGUGUGAUAUAUGGACACGCUCUCAUUUUGCAUAUUGCAUAAACAAGACAAUUUAUUUAGAGGGAAAAUAUGGAUAGUGCGAGAGGAGGAGAGCUCACGCAGCCCCUGGCGGAGUGAUUUACGCCCCAUUGACGCUUUAUCAGGCUCGUGAAAAAAGUCUGACCAAUCAUUUAGCUCGGCGCUCACAACAGAACAGCCUGGCUCUACUUUGUUGGCGAGAGAGUUGAGGGGAGUAGCGUGGAAAAAAAUACCCAGUACUCUCUUACAUGUUUUCCCUUCAAUGAACCGUGCGUUGUAUAAUGUCCGAGAAUGUCCAUUUCUGGAACUCUUAGCAACUACUAUGUCGAUUCCAUCAUAAGUCAUGAGAAUGAAGAUCCAACCUCGACCAGGUUCUCCAAUGUGCAGUAUUCAAGCUCUAGGCAACCGGGACAUGGCGAGCAUCCCGAAUUUCCAUCCUGCAGUUUCCAGCCCAAACCUCCCGUUUUCAGUUCGUCUUGGAGUCCGUUCAGUCCCCAUGCUUCCAACAGCCUACCAGCGGUGUACCACCCGUAUAUACCAACUCAGCCUGUACCUUCCACGGACAGCCGAUACCUCCGCUCAUGGCUCGACUGCACCCCGCGAACUGCCGAGUCCCUACCCGGACAAGGGCAGGUCAAGAUGGAACCGCUGCUGGGACAUCUCGGGGAGCCCACCAAAAUCGGAGGGCACGAAUUCAUUUUGGAAUCCUCCUCGUCAAGGGAGCUGAAUCCCGGCCAGGGCACCGGGUUCGAAGACAAUAAGGACAUUUGCGAAGGUAGCGAGGACAAAGAGGGGCCAGAUCAAAGUGAUCCAUCUGCCAACUGGUUACAUGCCCGAUCAUCUCGGAAAAAGCGCUGCCCAUACACCAAAUACCAGACCCUGGAGCUAGAGAAGGAGUUCCUCUUCAAUAUGUAUCUAACGAGGGACCGGAGGCACGAGGUGGCUCGUUUGCUGAACUUGACGGAGCGACAAGUGAAAAUAUGGUUUCAAAAUCGACGGAUGAAAAUGAAGAAAAUGAAUAAGGAUCAGCCGAAGGAAUAGGGAGGGAUGCCCUUAACACAUCAUCAUACAUGUGCUCUCUCGCGCGCGCGCACACGCGCGCGCGCACACACACACACACACACACGUUUAGUCAUUCACUCUCUCACUAACACACGCACACACACCUCACUGAAAUGCCUUUACAGAGUCGGACCCGUUUCUUGUUGGUGAUGAUGCUUUGAGUGUCUGUCUUUGAUUUGUUUCUUUUUGAUAUAAUAAAACACACACUCAUUACUGGGCUUCAAACCAACUUUUGAAACGGGAAUGGUUGACACGAGGGCAUGUCGCAGGGGCUCAGACUCUCGAAGGCGACUUUAUUACUUAUUUAUUAUUUGACGCACUGCGCCGGCGCUCCACUAGGACAGGCGUGUUGUGUUGAAACAUGGGCUUCAAGUGACCGUGAAUGCUUAAGAAAAAUGGGGGAUGCUGAUUGUGUCCUCUACCUGCAUCUUUUCCUUUCUUGGAUUUGUUUGUAAUCAUUCCUUUUUAACACCAAUAUUUUGUGAUGUUAUAUAAUUCAGAAACAAAAAUGAAGUAAACCGAGAUUAUUUGGCGAUUAUUUAAAUAAAAGUAGUGGAUGUAAUUUAAAUCUGUCUCUUUGUUAGGUUGUGUAAUUUUAACUGGGUUAGAGUAUUUUGUGUCUAGGCCAUAGGUGUUUAAGGCUGUUGGGUCUAAAUUAAAAUGGCAGAAUAAGCUGACCAUAGUUUUAAGGAUUUAUUAUUAUUAUUAUUAUUAUUAUUAUUAUUAUUAUUAUUAUUAUUAUUAUUAUUAUUACUGUUGUUCAUUUGAGCUAGCGUUGCCUCACGGCCUUGCUCAUGCUUUUUCAGCAGCCAUUUGCGAAGUCAGUGUCCAGCUUGUGUGAUUUCGCAUAUGCUGUAAUCAUAUAUUUAUCCAUCAUUUUGGCUAAAUAUUUACUCUGAAACUGGAAGAUGCUUAUGAGGUUUUGCUAAAAACAAAUUGUCUUGCGUGCAAAACUGUCAGGCAGUGCCCGGGUCUCUUCGUGAUAAGUGUCCUUGUACGGGUACAAAUGUGUUUGAAAUAUCUGUCGGUUUUAUAUCCCAUCUAGAUUGAUAAAGUUGUGGGUAUUAUUUUCAUGAAAUUUACAGAAAAUUGAUUAUUGUUCCGUGUGAGCUGUUUUGAGAUCAUGCUUCGAUAUGUUAGUGUGGCACCUGACUUGAUGCAAGCGAUCCCUUUGGUAUCACAUGUAUGAAACGUAGAAUUAGAGAUUACUUUUACCAAAUUGUCAUUUAAGCAUAUUCAUCUAACAUUUUGCCUUUGUUGUUGUAACACACCUGAAUGUGCCGGUAACCCAGGGAAUGCGUAACUGUCGAAUAGAGCCUCUAAUUAACAGUUUCCCACCAGUUACGAGCAAAUAUGUUUACAUUAGAGCAUGCUCCUUACCAUCAUGUUUUAGUUCUCCUCAUGCGUGUUUUUAUUACUAGCAUAUAGUCCUAUCAUAUAAGUUAUCCCUACCUUGCAGAUGAGAUGAGAUGUCUAACUUAUUGUAAAUACGUUAAUAACCCUGGCUCUUUUUAUGGAAUGCGUUUUAUAUUUCUGAGAAGGCGGGUUUGGGAAGAGACCUCAUACUUGAAUGAGAGGUAAUCUUUUGGAUUUUUAGUUAUUGUUUACAUGUGUUUGUCCACAAUGUCAUGAGAUUCAACUGUAUUGUCCAAUAAAACAAUUUCUGUA